AUUAUAAAAUAACCUAAACGAUCAACACUCAAUUCGACUGGUUGAAAUUUGUUUGAUCAAAUUUUUCUUGAAAGAAAAACAAAAAUGAAAUCCUCAUCCAAAUCAAUAUCAUCAACUUCAUCCAAUUCAUCAAUGGAAUCCAUUGGUAUGGGUCCAUCGGCAGCAGCAACAGCACAACAACAGCAACAACGACAAAUAGUUAUGCAGCCGGCAAUCGAUUUUAAUGGCUAUGAUUUACCACAAUUACCAAAAUUAAAAGAAUUCACUAUUGCCAAAUUAGAACCAGAAAGUGGUUCACCAAUCGGUGAAUAUAUGUACAAUUGUAUUGCGUAUAUAUUCUAUUGUCCAGUACAUCGUCGUAUUAUGGUCAGUAUUAAUGAACGCAAUACAGCUGUAUGGCUGCCAUUUGUUGCAAUACAACCGGAUAAAACAUGGAAUAUGGCAACAACUGAAGGUAUUGCCAUUGUCUUUUCAAAAGAUGAUUCAGAAUUAGAUCCAAGAUUAGUGAAAACUAUUCCGGUACAAAGUAUCAAUUGUGUUCAUAUAUUACGAAUACAAUUGCCAAUAUCCAAAAAAUUUAUCUAUCGUUUAAUACAAUUAGUUAUUCUGGAUAGUGGUAAUCAACCACAAAUACUAACUACAGGUGAAUCUGGUAUUGCACAAUUUCGUUGUUGUGUUAGUAGUAAACAUUUACAAUGGAUUGACAUUAGUGAUGCUAUUACUGGUAAUAUUUCUGGUUUAUGGGGGCCAGAAGUACCAAUGUUUGUAUCAUUUUUGAUUGAAACAACAAAACCAAGAGAAAUAUCCGAAAUUGGUUUCAAUGUUGAUAAUCUGAUUAACAUAAUUGGUUUACAAGAUUUAAUCAUUGGCAAUAAACGUCAACAAUCACAUAAAACAAUGGAACAAACAAUGGCCCAAACAUUACAUAUUACAAAACAUGAUAUUGGCAAAAUAUAUAGUGAUUUUUUGGAACAUUGUUUUCCAUCCAUUUAUAUGACAUAUUGGUCAUUUUGUAGCUAUAUAAAUGAUUAUUUUCAAGAAUGUGAUACAUUGCUACAAUUAUUUCAGGCAUUCAAUUCAAAUCGUUGUGGUUAUCUAACAUUUCAGGAAUUCUUUAUCGGUAUUGUUUCAAUCGAACCUGGUUGUCCAACAAUAUUGAUACGUUUACGUUUUAUAUUUCGUUAUUAUGAUUUAGAUCGUGAUGAUCUAUUAGAUCAAACGGAUAUGCAACGUUUAUUUCGUGACCUCAACACAACAACAGUCAUGUCCGAACAAUUACUUAAUCAAAUAAAAUAUCCAUUAAAUUUUGAAGAUUUUCGUCAAUUAAUAUCGAAAGAUUCAUUACGAAUAGAAUCAUUAUGUCGGGCAUCAAGUCCAUUACUAAUACAUAUUUGCCAAAAUUUUCAACGUCGUAAUGAUACAAGAAUUUCUGCAUCACGUCGUAAUUCACGCAGUGAAUCAUCACAUCAUUAUCAAUCACCAUCAGGUAUUAUGAUGGAUAAAAGUCAUGGUCCAUGUCUAGCAUGUCGUGAACGUUCAUAUGAAUAUGGUUCACAUUGCGUACGGUUUGAUCCUGUUGGUCAUUGUAUCGAAGCCAGGAAUAUUUUGGAACAUGAUGAAAAUAAUGAAGAUCCAUCAACUGCAUUGAGUAAUGAUCGAAGCGAAAUGACAAUGAAUAAAUAUUCACAGGAUUAUGUCUUCUCUACCGUAUCGAUUGGUCCAACAUUUUUAGAUAUGUUACGUGAAUUCAAUUCUGCAACAGCUGCUACAUUAGCACAACAAUCAUCUAAACGCGAUCGAAAUUAUCAACCAAUUGGAUUUUUUGCCGGUCCUGAUAGCAAUCAUGAUCUGUUUAUACGUUAUGUAACAAUUCUUUGUCAAAAUGUUCGUGCUAUAUUUGAUUGUGAAGAUAAAUUGAUGCGCAUUAAUUCAUCAACAUAUGUUAUUGGUGAUGUUGUUGGUAAUCUAUCCGAUCUGAUCAAAAUGGAACGAGCAUUGUGGACAAGUGUACCAAUAUUAUCAAGUAAUUAUGUUUUUUUGGGUAAUUAUGUCAAUGGUACCGGUAUUAAUCCGAUGGGUAUUGAAAGUAUCCUAUAUCUGUUGGCAUUAAAAAUUCUAACACCAAAUAAAUUUUUUCUCAUACGUGGUCAUAAUGAAUAUCGCCAUGUGCAACGAAAUAAAUUUUUUACCGAAUUAAAUCGUAAAUAUGGUGAAAAAAGUGGUAAAAUCCUAUUUGAAUUAAUAAAUGAUAUAUUUGAUCGUUUACCAUUAGCAAUAAUAAUUGAUGAAUCAAUCUUAUGUGUUAAUAAUAAUCUACCAAUACGAUCAACAACAUCGAUCGAUGAUAUAAAUACAUUGUCAAAAGAAUUAAAAGAUCCACAUCAAUAUCCUAUUGUUAAAGAAAUGUUAAUACCAUUAAUCAAAUCUACAGCGGUAGACGAACAACAAAAUAUUGAUUAUUUAAAAUCAAAUGGCCUUACACACAUGAUACGUGCCAAUCAACAUUCAUUGGAUCGUGGUUAUCUAAUUACUGGUCAAAAACGUAUUAUUACUUUAUUUAGUGUUACAUCCAUUACAAGUGGUAGUGGACGCAAUGAUAGUGAUUUAACAGUAUCAUUAGUUGAUCCACCAAAAAUUCGUAUCGUUAAAAUUAAUACAUCAAUUGAAUAACAAUAACAAACAAACAACCCCUUUUUUAUAUUAAAAUA